AUGCAUUGGAUGGAUGCCCGGGCAUUGAGAAGGAAGGACGCUUUCAAAGGCGAAAGGCCAUGGGGAGAUACCGUCUGUGAUCCAUGGAUCUCCGAUCGGGAAACCGUAUCCAAGCUCCGUGGCUAG